AUGAAAUACGCCCACUACCCAUCGUACAGCCCUCGCGACUGGCAGGAUGCCAUGUACACCGACGCCAAUGUCGAUCCCGCCAGUUACCCCCUCCUCGCCGUCGGCUACCCGGCGCAACAAAACAUGGCGGCUCAGUAUCAACAUGAGCCGAUGUAUACCGCGGUCGAGCCCGAGUGGGCUCCAACCUCCUCCCAACUCCAGUUCGGCCACGCAAUGGCGGGGCCGUCUUACGUGGCCAGUGACGACGUCUACUUCCCUCGGCGGAUGCUGCCCGUUGGGGGAAUGUACUACCAGGCAGCUCCCAUCGCAUACGGCCCCGCGUAUGUCCAGGAAGGGCUAACGCGCCCAUACCGCUUACCAUACAUCGUACAGCCCAACUACGGUGCCGUACAGAUGUCGAGGCAGCCGGUCCCCAUCUCGCACGCACUGUGCAUGGCCACUGGCAGCAGAACGGGUGUGAGGUACGCACCCUAUGAACAGCGACCCAGGCCGGCCGCAGCGCGAUCAGAGGGCACUGUUGUGGGUGAAGCAGGUACCCACGAAGGCUUUGAGGGAUACACCCUCAGCCAGACAACAGAUACAUCAAGACUGUCCGAUCGCAGGAAUGAUCCCGCGAACGGACAGAGUCCCGAGGCUGUACAGUCGUCGGGCGGAGGGCGGACCCGCCGACAGGCCACUAUGCGGGCGCCCAAGAUGGACGAGAGGCAGACCCCGUACUUGAGCACGGAGCGGAACUGCCACAACUGUAGGAAGGGGUAUGGGCGGGAAUACGAGCUCAAGCGGCACUGUAGCACCACGAGAUCUCACGUGGAAGCGUCGCUGAAGUGCGACCAGUGCAAGAACAGCGGCACGUUCAGCCGGCCGGACGCGCUCCUCACUCACAAGCGGGCAUUCCACGGGUGGCCCUGA